UUUGAAGUAAUUAGGCCUUGGUAUCUAAGUUGAAUUUUGAAAAAGACUUAUGAUUAGUCCACUGGCGUGUCUUAGAUUAGGUCCCUGAUAGAAAGAGCUUUGUCUAUCUACUGGCUACUCCUCAGUGAUGGUGAAUGGCGAACUUUUUGUCCUUGAUAUUGCUUUUGCAGUCAAGAGCGGUAAUAGAAGAGCGCCCUUGGUUCCUUUUCAUAUAUUUUUUAGCGGUGUAUGUGCUUGGGGGGGAGGAGGUUGAUGCCUCUAGCGGCUCCAAGAGUGGUCUUAUAGCAUAUUUGUGGCAAGUGCAAAGGAGUUUUUAAUUUUUAACCUGCAAUUAGCAAUUCUUACUUCAAGUCUAGCAAAAAAAAAUUUUCUUCAGGUUACAAGGUUAAUUUUUCUGUUCGUGCAUGUCUUGCCUUUUGGGAAAUUGGAAAUCCUGAAAUUAUCCGCUGAGUUUACUUAUUAUGGGUCCUCGUCCUCUACAGUUUUAAUUGUCUUGUUAAACACCAGUCUGCUCUGCUGCCACAACUUUUUCCAUGGGACAGACAAUGAUCUUCCUCCUUCACAUCAAAGUAGAUCUCUACGGCCAGGCUAUGUGGGUGGCAAUGGAAGAUCAGCCUUUGUUGGGUCUGGUCCAUUUUCCAGGGUACAGAAUGACAUGGAAACUCAGAUACACAAUAUUGAGCAAGAAGCAUACACAUCUGUCCUGCGGGCCUUUAAAGCUCAAUCUGAUGCAAUCUCUUGGGAAAAAGAAAGUUUAAUUACAGAGCUUAGGAAGGAGCUAAGAGUGUCUGAUGAAGAGCAUAGAGAACUUCUAUCUAGAGUCAAUGCUGAUGACAUUAUCCGCAGGAUAAGGGAGUGGAGAAAGGCCAGGGGACUCCAACCUGGCACAGGAAAUAGUGCUCAACGAACUCAUGACCGUAUACCCAGCCCUACAGCUUCAGCAUCUCGUAAGAAACAAAAAACGUCGCAAUCCUUGGCUCCCUUAUCCUUGGGCGCACCAUCUCCAGCGGGCCAUCCAUCUAUGCAACCGUCAUCAUCAGCAUUGAGGCAUGGACCUCCACCAGGAGCAAAAACCAAAAAGCCAAAAUCAUCUGUGCAGUUCCCUUCUACAGGUCAUACUGGAAGGACCCAGGCUAAUAAUCAGGGUUCUUCAGGUGCCUUCGCUACAAAUGAACCUCCUGAGGCAGCCUCUUAUGAUCCUUUGAUUGGAAAGAAAGUUUGGACAAGGUGGCCAGAAGACAAUCACUUCUAUGAGGCUGUUAUAACUGAUUAUAAUUCGGCCGAGGGCCGGCAUGCUUUGGUUUAUGAUAUGAACACUGCUAACGAAACAUGGGAGUGGGUCAACCUUAAAGAGAUAUCACCGGAUGAUAUUCGAUGGGAGGGUGAAGAACCGGGAAUGCCUCGCAGGGGCGGACGACCUGGCUCCGGUCGGGGAACAAAGAAGUCUAUGUCUCGUGGUGGUGCAGUUACUGGUGCAGGAAGAGGUAGAGGAACGACCAAGGUACAGCCUAAGAAAGAUUUCACUUUAUCACAAAAUGGGGGCAAGAAGAAGCCCACAGGUGAUAUUGAGAUUCUACAAACGGAUACCCUCGUCAAGGAGGUUGAGAAGGUUUUUGGUGCCAAUCAACCCGACCCCACAGAAAUGGAGAGAGCAAAGAAAAUGCUAAAAGAACAUGAACAGGCCCUGGUUGAGGCAAUAGCCAGGCUUGAAGAUGCUUCUGACGGUGAAAGUGGGGCGAUAAACGGAUCAGCAAAGAGGCAGGAAGAAACAACAGUAUGACGAGUUGGGUGUUGAAGUGGCAAAUUAACAAGAUAUCCGACUUCGUUCCCUGAGGAAGGGGGCAAUGACACAUGACCCAAACUUGUACUUUGUUAAUAUGCUAUGUUUUAUAUUGUAUCAUUAGCAGGUUUUAUCUAUCUCUUAGGCUAGCACCUAGCAUGUUGGACCGGUUCCCAUCUGGUUGAAUAUAAGCUGUGUAACUUUCUCAGAGAACAAAGCAUAAUGGACGGUACUUAAUCUCUCUCUCU